AUGCUUGCUGCCAAGGAGUAUAAGUUGGCUAUUCUUUUGGAGACAAAAGUUAAGGAGAAUAAUGUUAAUACUACUUUUCAAAACCUUAAAAGGGGAUGGAAAUUCACUCAUAACUGUAGUCCAGAACACCAUACCAGAAUUUGGAUUGGUUGGGAUGAGGAGAGUUUAAAGGUUGAGAUCAUUAAAUCUAAACCUCAAUUUAUUCAUUUGAAAGUUGGAAUUCUUGGUUCUUCUUUGGCCUGCCACUGCACCGCUGUUUAUGCUUUUAAUACUCUUGAGGGGAGGCUUGAGCUGUGGAAGGACAUAGAGGAAAUUGCUGCUGGUAUGAUCGACCCCUGGGCUGUAAUGGGGGAUUUUAAUAUUAUUCGGCAUCAGAAUGAGAAGCUUGGAGGGGAGGCCAUUCUUCAUGGGGCUGUAGAGGACUUUAACGCUUGUAUUUUCAACUCGGGCCUAGCUGAUUUGAAGUGGAAAGGAGAAAUGUUUACUUGGAGUAAUAACCAAAAAGGCAGCAGCAGAAUUUGUUGUAAGCUUGAUCGGUUCUUAGUUAACAGCCAUUGGCUGGAUAAACCAAGUUUUUCUGAGGCGAAUUUCCUAUGCCCUGGUAUCUCUGACCAUAGUCCGAUUAUCCUUAAGCUGUUGGACAAUUUCAAUUCAGGUCCAAAGCCUUUCAAAUUUUUCGAUGCCUGGACUACUCAUGGAGAUUACUUUGAAGUGGUUAAGAAAGGCUGGGCUUUCCCUAUAAAGCCACAGUCCAAUCCUCUUCUUUGUUUCGCUGCAAAGUUAAGGAAUGUUAAGCUUGAGCUGAAGAGGUGGAAUAAGGAGGAUUUUGGGGAUGUUUUUCAUUCUGUCAAGGUGGCUGAGGAGGAACUUUCCAGAAUUCAGGCUGAUAUAUCUUUGAAUCCGAUGGAUGAUUCUCUAAUUAUCCUAGAGAGAGAGGCCAAGGGCAAGCUCUGGAGUGCUUUGCAAAUGGAGGAGAGGGUCCUAAAGGAGAAAUCUAGGGUGAAGUGGCUCCAACUAGGCGAUGGAAAUAACAGUUUUUUUCAUAAGUCCAUGCGCAGCAGAUUCAAUAGAAAGCAUAUUCUGGAGAUUGUUGAUCAGAAUGGAGUGGUGGUUGAAGAACCAAAAAGGAUUAAAGAAGAGGCUGUAAAGUUUUAUUGUAAUUUAUUUGGGACUGAUUCAAUUGAUGAGGGAACCUGCCCAAAUUCUAUCCACCUUUCGGGUGCUAUUUCUGAAAUUCAGAUAUUGGAAUUGGAAAGGGAGAUUAGUAGAGAGGAGAUCAAGGGUGUGGUCUUUGCUAUGAAAGAUUCUAAGGCCCCAGGGCCUGAUGGUUUCGGGGCUAGAUUUUACAAAACAACCUGGGAGAUUAUUAAGGAGGACCUUAUCAAGGCUAUUAAUUGGUUUUUUGAGAACUCCCUUAUGCCCUAUUCUGUUAAUGCUACCUUUAUUUCUCUGAUCCCUAAAUCUGGAGAUGUUUCCUCCUUUGCGGGCUAUAGACCCAUUGCCCUUUGCAAUCUGCUUUAUAAGAUCAUUUCUAAGAUCAUCUCUAAUAGACUCCAGAAGGUUAUCGGCGAGGUGAUCAGUUUCAAUCAAUCAGCUUUUAUCAAAGGAAGAUCUAUAGUUGAUAAUAUUCUUGUUUGCCAUGAUAUUGUGAGAGGAAUUGAGCAGAAAGCAGCCAACCCCACUGUGGUGUUGAAGGUUGAUCUCCAUAAAGCCUAUGACUCCUUGAGCAGGAACUUUCUAUUUGGAGUGAUGGAAAGAAUGGGCUUCACAGGGAAAUUCCUUGGAUGGGUUAAGGCUUGUGUUACACCCAUGUUCUCCGUUCUCAUUAAUGGCAGCCCCACAGGUUACUUCAAGGGAGAUAGAGGUAUCAGGCAAGGUGACCCGCUCUCUCCUUAUUUGUUCACUAUUGCCAUGGAAGCUUUUUCAGGAAUUAUACGAAGGCUGGAAGUAGAUGGUCAAAUCAAAUUGCUGCCUAGAUGUAAAGCUCUACAUCUUUCUCACCUUAUAUUUGCGGAUGACCUAAUGAUCUUUGUGAAGGCCAAUCGCGAAUCUGUUUUGGCUAGUUUGGGGGGUCUUGACGAGUUUGCAAGUCUUUCAGGGCUGCAUCUCAAUAGAUCUAAGUCCUCUAUUAUUGUAGGGGGCCUAACCCAAACUAGUAGUAUGGAACUUUUGGAAUUAACGGGUUUCUCUGAGACCACUCUCCCUAUCAGAUCCACCAAACUUUGGCUCGAUAAGUGGCACCCAGAGGGAGUCCUUUUUAAUAGGUUUGGUAGUAGGAUUUGCUAUGAUGCGGGAUCUUAUGCGCUUGCAGCCCAUCAUGCACUUGUCAAGGAAAUUGUUCGGGAUGGAGACUGGCUGCCUGGCCCUUCAACCUCUUUUGACCUUAUUGAUGUGUGGAGAGCCCUCCCCUCCAUUGAUAAGUUGCAUGGUGACAACCCGGAUUUGGUAAUAUGGACUGGCAAUCCGACAGGUAUCUUUUCAACCAAAUCGGCUUGGAAUGCCACCCGUGUGAAGGCCAACCCCGUGGAUUGGAGUGAAGCAGUUUGGUUUGAAGGCAGCAUUAAGUCCCACUCUUUUGUUUCUUGGAGGUGUCUGGUCGAUGCUCUCCCCACUAGGGAUAAUCUUCUUCACAGGGGGAUCCCGGUUCAACAUAGUUGUGAGUUUUGUUGGGCUGGUAUUGAGAGCAGAAACCAUAUUUUCUUUGCUUGCCCUUUUUCCAUUGAUAUUUGGAGGAGGAUCUUUGGUAUGUGUUCUCUUCAUGGACAGGCUCCCAUGAACAUAUUUGAUGCUGCCAUUUGGGUUCGUUAUGCGGCAGGAAGAGCGGGGAGCUUAGGUGUGGUUUUAAAGCUUGCAUUUUGUGCCACUAUCAAGCAUAUUUGGUUUGAAAGAAAUUUCAGAAUUUUUCGACAAAAGGCUAGAUCUAAGGAUCAGAUUGUGGAAGCUAUCAAGGGGGAUGUUAGGACUGUAGUCACAUCUGGUUCUUUGAGUGGGGAUCCUAGUCCUGCUAAUUCCCACAUUGCUUCGGCCUGGAACUUGCAAGUUCAUUGGGCUAUUAGGAUGCCGAGACCAUGCUCGUGGUUCUUACCUCCUAACAAUUUGUGGUCCCUUCACUGUGAUGGUUCGCUGUCCGAUGGUAGAGCUGCUUUUGGAGGAGUGAUUC